AUGUUGAGGGCUGCUAUUUCCAAAAUCAAAGCGAAUCUUACCGCAUACGGCGCACCAAGAAUCAAUAUUGAGGACUUCAAUAUAGUCAAGGAGGGCAAAGCAGAAAUUCUUUUUCCUAAAAAGGAAACUGUUUUCUAUAAUCCCGUCCAGCAAUUCAAUAGGGAUCUAAGUGUUACAUGCAUCAAAGCUUGGGACAACCUGUAUGGCGAGGAUUGUGGUCAAAAGAGAAAAAAUAAAAAGAGUAAAAAGAAGAGACCUGCCCAAAAUAGUGAUGACUCUUCCAAACGUCAAAAAAUGGACAAUGGAUCAUCAAAGGAAAUUUUCGAAGAAGCCAACAAGAAGACACCCUACAUCAAUAUUCUGGAAGCCUUAUCAGCUACUGGGUUAAGAGCCAUUAGGUACGCUCAUGAAAUUCCUCAUGUGAAGGAAGUUAUUGCCAACGACUUACUUCCAGAAGCUGUAGAAUCUAUAAGACGAAAUGUUGAGUAUAAUAACGUUGGAAACAUCGUCAAACCAAAUCUUGAUGACGCUAACGUUCUAAUGUACCGCAAUAAGGCUAUAAACAACAAAUUUCAUGUCAUCGACUUAGAUCCUUAUGGUACCGUUACUCCUUUUGUGGAUGCCGCUAUUCAAAGCAUCGAAGAGGAUGGGCUAAUGCUGGUCACUUGCACCGAUUUAUCCGUUUUAGCCGGUAAUGGAUACCCAGAAAAGUGUUUUGCGCUAUAUGGUGGUGCCAAUAUGGUUUCUCAUGAAUCUACUCACGAAAGCGCCCUGAGGCUAGUUUUGAAUUUACUAAAGCAAACUGCUGCAAAAUACAAAAAAACUGUGGAGCCACUUUUGUCACUAAGUAUUGACUUCUACGUCAGAGUUUUUGUUAAAGUUAGAACGAGUCCAAUUGAAGUUAAGAACCUAAUGUCAAACACCAUGACCACUUACCAUUGUUCUCGUUGUGGUUCGUAUCACAAUCAACCUCUGGGUAGAGUUUCCCAACGUGAAGGUAAGAAAAGUAAAACAUUCACUAAAUACUCAGUCGCUCAAGGUCCACCGGUAGAUAUCAGAUGUAGGUUUUGCGAUGGAACAUAUCAUCUAGCUGGGCCGAUGUAUGCAGGUCCUCUACACAAUAAAGAAUUUAUUGAGGAAGUAUUAAGGAUCAAUAAAGAAGAACAUCAUGACCAGGAUGAUACAUACGGAACACGUAAGAGAAUUGAAGGUAUGUUAUCUUUAGCUAAAAAUGAAUUAUCCGAUUCACCAUUCUAUUUCAGCCCCAAUCACAUUGCGUCGGUGAUAAAAUUACAAGUCCCUCCCUUGAAAAAAGUAGUUGCAGGUUUAGGUUCCUUAGGUUACGAAUGCUCGCUGACGCAUGCACAACCAUCAUCUUUGAAGACUAACGCCCCCUGGGAUGCGAUUUGGUAUGUGAUGCAAAAAUGCGAUGAUGAAAAGAAAGAUUUAAGCAAAAUGAAUCCCAACACCACUGGUUAUAAGAUUUUAUCGGCCAUGCCAAAAUGGCUGAGUGACGAUAUUAAGUCUGAGUACGACUUAAGACUAUCUUUUACACCAAAUGAACAAAGCGGUAACAUUGAAAAACUGAGAAAAUUGAAAAUUGUAAGAUAUCAAGAAAACCCCACAAAGAACUGGGGCCCAAAGGCCCGUCCUAAUGCCUCAUAA